AUGACAUGGCUCAAUAGGAACCAAGACAGCCCCGCUCCAGCUGCUGGCGAUCACCAGUCAGGAACUGAAGAGCAAAGACAGUAUGAGCAGGAGAUACUAUCACACCAGCAUUAUCUGCCGCAUUCUGACGGCUCGGAAUUUGAGGACGAGAAGCAGGCCCAUGGCCACCGGUUCAGAGGCAAGAUCCGCAGAUUUUGGGAUAAGACCGUCAAACCGGCCUUUCCCGAGGCAAUCGCCGACAUCAGUCUCGCGAGGGAUGUUUUCACCACAGAAGCGCUGAUUCAUAAAGAUAUCCAGGACGCCAGCCGCUAUCCGGAGAUUGAAAAAGUUGCACAUGUCCGGCGUGGCCUGGACUUGGGACCGGAAGAGAACGCUUUCUUGGCUAAGAGGAAGCUCCAUAUUCGCGACCAUUUUGCAAAGUACUUGGAUUUGGAUGCUGAGCAAGUUCACCCAGAUGAUAUCCCCAUCAUUGGCUUUGGUGGGAGUGGUGGUGGUUAUCGUGCCAUGAUCGGCUUCGUCGGCUACAUGGCAGAGAUGAAAAAGGCCGGACUUUGGGACUUGCUCACCUAUGUAGCCGGUGUCAGCGGCGCUUGCUGGUCUAUUUCGGCUUAUUACACUUUCGCCGAUGCAAAUAUCGAUCACAUUAUAGACCAUUUCCAAAAACGGUUAUCUCCAUAUCACCCCUUAUCAGAUCCAGCCAUUCGCACGACAUUGACUGCUGUUAAUGGGACUUACGACACAUUGGGUCCAUUGAUGCUGAAACAAGUCAGCAGUCUUCAUGUUGUUUUGAUGGACUUGUAUUCUGUUUUUACAACAGGGUAUCUUUUCCUCCAUCACAGUCAGGAAUCUGGUAUACAUCGCCAGAAGCCGAAUGCCAACCGAGGCUGGUGCAAGUGGUCGAGUGCAAGCAAAUGGUUGGAUGAAGGCCAGGAGCCUCUGCCUAUCAUGACUGCCAUCCGCCAUGAAAGACCUUGGAAAGACUGGGUGGAUAAGGAACAUCCCUUUAAAGAUGAAAAUCCUCUGUUAGACGAACAGUCGACGACCGUGGAUGCCUGGUAUCAAUGGUUUGAGAUGACACCUUAUGAGAUAGGUUGUGAUGAACUCGAAGCCUGGGUGCCAACAUGGGGGUUUGGUCGGCCUUUUGAUGAGGGGAAAUCUACAAUGCAAUUACCUGAACAGUCUCUGGCGCUGUUGCUCGGCCUUUGUACCAGUGCACCCGCUGGACCGCUGGAUGCGUAUCUAGCCACAAUCAAGCGAAAUCUUCCGCCGGGCUCGCUGGGUAAUGUUGUGCAUGAUCUGGCGCUCAAGAUCACACAUAUGUGGGGGAAACAGAAGACAAAAGUCUUUCAGCAACAUCAUCCAUUGCACGCAUGCAAUGAGCAUAACUUUACGUUCCAUAUCAACAAAGUUCCCAAGGGGCAAGCUCGUCCCCCUGGCAUUGAGAACUCUCCCAGGAUACAUCUCUUGGACUCGGGGUUGGAUAAUAACUGUCCAACAUAUGUUUUACUGCACCCGAAGCGGGAAGUUGAUGUGAUCAUUCACAUAGAUGCAUCUAGUGACGUCCAGAAGGACGUAUUCCAACAACGUGCGGAUCAGGUUGGUAGUCGACGGGGUAUUCGAUAUACGAAGCGACCAACAGAUACUACCAAACAGGUAUCAAAACUUGAAUCAACGUCAUCUUCAACAUCUGAUUCUUCUCAGGCUAGUCCUACAACGAGGCACUCUGAUGACGAAUAUGCCCAAAUAUAUGACGGCGACCUCUGCGAGCGGCCAGCCGAGGUCAUUGAUUCCUACGGACAUAUAGUCACCAAUCCUCCCGCUCCAAUCUGCCACAAAGGCAACUCCAUCGUCUAUAUGCCGCUGCUCGACAACGAAGAUGCCGUUCCUGGCUACAAUCCUUCGACAGCAAAGUGGUCUGGAAGCUACAAUCUUGUGUGGACGCCUGAGCAAGUAGAGAUGCUGAUCAAAGUCUCUGCGGCAAAUUUUACCAAGGCGCAGGCAAAUAUCAAGAAUGUUUUGCGGGAGACGUAUGAGAAGAAGAAGGCUCUACGAGAAUCUUCCGCUUUAUCAAGUUAA